GUCGCUGGGUUUCUGUGUCCGAGUAUGGAAGUUUGCAUUUCUUAAAUGUUUGGUCUUGGUGACGGGGAGUGGUGGCGGUGUUUUGAAUUCGAUUGCUUUGUACUUCUACUGCGUCGUCGUCUUCUUCCUUUUAAGAAGGCGAUUUGUUUUUGUUGCUCCUCCCCGUGCCGGUGCCGUUCUCUCUCGCUUCGUUGAAACUGGAGAGGAUUCCCGUGGUUUGUACUCGGGAUAGUCGUUCUUUCGUGUCGGCUGAUGGACUUCAGGCAUGCUUCUCCGAGCUCUCCCGAUGGACAUUAUGGAAGACUUGACACUGAAUUUCUUAUAAGUGAUGAAAGAAAAGGUAUGGCUGGCCAUGAUCAGAAUGGAAGUCUACUAGGUCUGGCAACAAGUGCUGUAGUGAGCGGAAGAAGAGAUGUUAGCAGGCCACUAUCUGGAGUAAAAUCCUUUGAAGACGAUAUGGACUUGGAAAAUGGUAAAGAUGAAAAUGGAAGGGAUAAACCUUUUCGCUACAAUAGGCCUCUAAAGUUGAAUAACCAAGCUUUUCUAUCUGGUCUUGCUUACUGCUUGUCAUCAUGUAGCAUGAUACUUGUGAACAAGUUUGUGUUGUCUGGCUAUGAUUUUAGUGCUGGGAUUUCGCUAAUGCUUUACCAGAACUUCGUUUCAGUUAUACUAGUCUCCACUUUGAGUUCAUUUGGUGUAGUAUCAACGGAACCACUCACUUGGAAAUUAAUGAAAGUUUGGUUACCGGUGAAUAUAAUAUUUGUUGGGAUGCUUGCCACAAGCAUGCUUAGCUUAAAAUACAUCAAUGUUGCCAUGGUAACAGUUCUUAAGAAUGCCACCAAUGUCAUAACUGCUAUUGGUGAAAUGUACCUUUUCAUGAAGCAUCAUGAUGGGAAAGUGUGGACAGCUCUGAUUCUAAUGAUUAUUUCGGCUAUUUCAGGGGGGAUAACAGAUCUAUCAUUUCAUGCUAUUGGCUAUGGAUGGCAGAUUUUAAAUUGUUUUCUGACGGCAUUCUAUUCGUUGACCCUACGGCGAGUUAUGGACACCGCAAAGCAAGUAACCAAAUCUGGAAACUUAAAUGAGUUUUCAAUGGUUAUACUCAAUAACAUGCUUUCUCUGCCUUUGGGACUUCUACUAAUAUUUGCUUCCAAUGAAGUCGACUAUCUUUAUAAAACGCCACUUUUGAAGAUGCCUAUGUUUUGGCUGGUGACAACUUUAAGUGGUUUUCUAGGUCUUGCUAUCAGCUUCACUUCAAUGUGGUUUCUUCAUCAGACAGGUGCAACUACAUACAGUCUUGUAGGAUCACUCAAUAAAAUUCCACUUUCACUUGCUGGAAUCCUUCUUUUCAAAGUUCCAACCAGCUUAGAGAAUCUGUUCAGCAUUCUUUUUGGUCUCUUAGCUGGUGUGUUUUUUGCUAGAGCAAAAAUGCGAUAAUUGCAUAACAGUAUAAUACAACCACUUCUAUCGGAGAAAGAACUAUGAAGCAUGAUAAUGAAAAUGCUUCCUAUCAUAGCAAUGGCAUGAUUACACGAGUAAACUUACGAGUAGCAAACAAAGAGUUUGAAGGCCUCAAUGCCACUGAGGUUUCCUUGUUAAGGAAUCAUCAUUCAAUCUCGAGAAGCUAUGUACUAUUUCUAUAUAUAUACUCUCCUUUUUUUUCCCUUCCAUUUUUAGCUUUCCUCAAUUAUUUUUAAAAGGAAGACAAUCCUCAAGCUUAGUUUUAUUUUGUUGUGUUUUAUCUGAAUUUACUUUUAAUUGAAAAUGCUUUUGAAUGAUAAUGAUUCUUAUUGUCUGCUAAAGUU